UCAGGUCAAAGGUCAACUUACUAGACCCACGUGGCAACAAAGAAGGAUAAAAUUAAUUAUCAAAGAUGUGCAAAAGUUUGAUUCAGUGUUUGCUGGUUGCUGCAGCCUUGAGAGUGAUGCUGCCUGCAGUGGGAGUUGGUGGCGUGGGUGAGGAGAGUGGUGUGGGCGAGGGGAGUGGAGCUGGCAGUGGUAUCCUGCAAGCUGUGCAAGAUAGACAGUUCAGCAUCAAUUUGACUGAUGUGAUCAUGCCGGUGUGUACCACCAAUCAGCUGCUCUCUUAUAAUGGAACUGAGUUUCUCUGCAAGGAAAUACCUGAGAGGAAGUGUGUCUGCCCUAGUCCAAUGGUGGGCACGGACGAACCUCCCACGUUCCCACCAGAACCACCAGGAGGGUGUCCUGUGUUUGACCCUCCUGAUGGAGGUGGCUUUGUGUGUCUACCUAACAUCACAGUCAUCCAUUGCUCUGUGCUGUGUGACAACAGUCACGAGUUCUCCACCACUCCCCUCAAUCCCUACCACUGCGGCCAGGACACCAGGUUCCAAUGGGAGGACUUCACUCGUACAACCCACAAAGACCUUCCUCAAUGUUCAGGUUUCCGCUACACACUGCGUCCCCUCCAUCGGGCUGAGUACUACCUCCCUAGCCCCUGUCCACUGGUCACACAGACUGAAGCCGACACUGUCAAGACAAGAUUCUGUGACCUCUUAUCAGACUUUGUAGACAAAGACCAAAUCAAUUGUACCACUAGCAAUGCCUUUAUUCAGUGUCCUAAAACUGCCGUAACCACAGUGAUACCUCCAAAUCACCCAGAGUUGAACCCAUGAUCAUUGCUCAAACUGUUUCAUUGUUUUUGAACACAUUUUUGAUUGUUUCUGAAUUGGAAUGUUGUUUACUGUC